GAGGCCUCCAAUGUCGCUGAAAUCACAAAACUAGUGCUCGUUGGCCCAAACUAUCCAGCACCAACCCCACAAGAACAACACGCGCCUUCUCCCACUCCGCAAUCUCCUCCACUCUCUUCAAACUUCAAACUUUUAUGGACUUUUCAGCUUCUCUCAAUUGCAGUAUUCUUCACCAGACUCCCAAGCUUUCCAGGUUGAGAUUUCAUUGAAAACCACUACUAUUUGUCUCUGUUUUCUCUAACAGGGGGUUUAGGGUUCUUAGUAGGUGAUUGGACUGUAUUGGCUUUUGAAUUCAUGUUCUUUACUCAUGUUUAUGCUGCCCAUUCUGCUAUUGGGGCUCUGAAUUAUUCUCUAAAAGAUUAGUAUGCAGUAUUCCUCUGCGAGAUUGGAAUUCUCGCAGAUUUACUCUCAUCAACUGUGUCCAUGUAAGGCUAUUCCUUCAAUCAGACCAUCGGUUCCCUUCUCCAAGAAGAGGCGGAGAAGAAUUAUUGCCAGUUUUUUGCGUACGAGCUAUCCUAGGAAAUUCAGCUUUCGUGCUUGUGUGAUACCCAACAACAAUGGUAAGAACCGCAGUUUCAGCGUAGACUUAGCGGAUUCUAGUAGACGGGUUGCAAGGAGUUUUGGUGCCAAGCAACUAUCUAAUGAGUUGGAGGGCGAGGAUUUGUCUCAAGAAUCGUCGUCCUCGGUUGGAAUGGCAUCGAACUUCACUGGUUUUGAAGAAGAUCCUAUUGUUGAUAAGUUGAGGACCCAAUUGGGAGUGAUACACCCAAUCCCUUCACCGCCAAUUAACCGAGGCUUCGCUGGGUUGUUUGUGUUUUUCUUCUUUGUGGGCGUUGCUUUUGAUAAAUUAUGGACUUCUAGGAAGAAGAACAGAAUGGGGAAGGAUGGCCCUCUUGUGGUGUGGCCACAAGUUCCUACGAGCUUUUCAGCAUUUCUAGAAAAGGAUUUGCAGAGGAAGGAAUCGGUGGAAUGGGUAAACAUGGUGCUUGGGAAGUUGUGGAAGGUUUACAGGGGUGGGAUCGAGAAUUGGCUCGUUGGUUUGCUCCAACCAGUUAUUGAUGAUCUUAAAAAACCUGAUUAUGUGGAGAGGGUUGAGAUUAAGCAAUUUUCUUUGGGGGAUGAGCCUUUGUCUGUCAGGAAUGUCGAGCGCAGGACUUCCAGAGGUUUCAAUGAUUUGCAGUACCAAAUUGGCCUCCGUUAUACUGGUGGUGCUCGCAUGCUGUUAAUGCUUUCGCUAAAAUUUGGGAUUAUCCCUAUUGUUGUUCCAGUUGGCGUUCGAGAUUUUGACAUUGAUGGGGAACUUUGGGUCAAAUUGCGACUGAUACCAACAGAGCCUUGGGUUGGAGCUGUUUCAUGGGCUUUUGUUUCACUUCCAAAGAUCAAAUUUGAAUUAUCACCAUUUCGCUUGUUUAACUUAAUGGCUAUCCCAGUUCUCUCAAUGUUUUUGAGAAAACUUCUCACUGAAGAUUUGCCUCGACUAUUUGUACGUCCGAAUAAAAUUUUUCUAGAUUUCCAGAAAGGAAAAGCAGUUGGUCCUGUAGGAAAUGAUUUCAAAUCUGGAGAAACGCAGGAAGGAAACGAAGAUUUUGUUGGAGAACUAUCACUGACUCUAGUUGAUGCUCGGAAACUUUUUUAUUUUGUCUUUGGUAAAACAGAUCCGUAUGUGACUUUGAGUCUAGGGGAUCAAAUCAUAUGCAGUAAAAAGAACAGCCAAACCACUGUCAUUGGCCCUCCUGGUGAGCCAAUUUGGAAUCAGGAUUUUCAUAUGCUUGUUGCAAAUCCUAAAAAACAGAAAUUACACAUCCAGGUUAAAGACUCCCUAGGAUUUACAGAUUUCACCAUUGGCACCGGAGAGGUUGAUUUGGAAUCACUUCAAGACACUGUACCAACGGACAGGAUUGUGGUCUUGCGAGGAGGUUGGGGACUGUUCAGAAAGGGGUCUUCUGGGGAAAUAUUACUUCGACUGACUUAUAAGGCCUAUGUUGAGGAUGAGGAAGAUGGCAGGAGUGACGUGGGAUCCAUUGAUGUGGAUGCUUCAGAUGAUGAUAUGUCUGAUUAUGAUGAAUCAAAUGCUAGCUAUGUGAGGGAUGGGAUUGAAUAUUCAGAUGGAUCGGAUAAAGAAUCAUUUAUGGAUGUUCUAGCAGCUUUGAUCGUGAGUGAGGAAUUUCAAGGGAUAGUGGCAUCUGAAGCGGGAAGUUCCAAAAUUUCAGAUGAUGUCUCACGUAUGGGGUCCACAAUACCUAUAUCACGUGGCCUUAAAUCCAGUAUGCCCUCUGAUUCUAGCAAUAGUUACGAGUCUUCUAGAGUUGCAGGAUCAGCCUUAUUUUGGCUUGCUGUAAUUACUAGUAUAUCAGUGUUAAUAGCUUUUAACAUUGGUGGUUCAAGCUUCUUCAAUCCGUGACAUGACGCCAUAGCACUUUCAAAGAGCUAGUUUUCGAUCCAUCUUUUAGCCAAGUUUGGCAGCAAUUCGCUUCACACAUAUUGGAGAUGAUUUUCCAUCAUUUUUGUUUUCAUUCAAACAGCUACUAGCAGAGAAACGUUCUAUUGGCGGCAGAAAAUUUUUGGCUUCUUCAAUCAAGUCCUUUACUGGUGUAAUCCCCUUGUCUCUUUGUUCCACUUGUAUGAUAAUAAUGAUCAUGAACCCUUUUCACUGGUACCCUCCUCCAUGCAUUUACUGAAGUUGCUUUGUGUAGGCAUUGAUUGUAAUAUUGUACAGCUAUAGGUAUAGAAUAAUUUUUGUUGUUUGCAUGGGGGGAAGGUUUGGCUUGACAGAUAGAUUCAAUGAAAUUCCUGAUACUCCAAGAUCUCUACAAACGGGUCUAUAUGUUCGUUUGUGUCUGCUGUGCCUAAGUCUGAGUUUCAGCACUCCAAUCUGAUGCAGUUCUUAUGGAUGAUCAAUGGUGGUCUUUUAUUUUGUUGACGAACCUAAUUUUAGUUGAACCAUAAUCCCUUCGGGGAAUGGAUAGGGGGUUUGUGUUGCAAUUGCUUCAUUUUUCCUGGUGCAUAUCAGAUGCUUGAUGAGAUGCUUGGGAGAAUAUAUUGCAGUUUCUAUUCAAAAUGUUUGUGUUUCAAGGACAGACGACGUGAUGAUUAUUUGCCUUUGAA